CUCUCAUGUACACACAAUUAUUCACAUCGUCAAAACAAAAUUUAUCUCUCAAGAAGAGUUCGUGACUUUUGAUCUCUCUUCCUGGUUUCGUCGUGGCCUGUAAUCCGACCCGAGGCUUUGACUCCCUUUUGACACAAUCACUCUCAGGUUAAUUUAAGUGAAUCUUUCAAUGGCUAGCACCGUGAUGAGUGUUUAUGAACAUGGAACUUGGGUGGAGGAUGGAGCUCGGGUUCAGUGCAAGUAUUGCGAAAAGCGAAUAACUGACUUUGGUCGUCUCAAGUAUCAUUUGGGAAAUGUCUGUAAAGACGUUACCCCAUGCUCACAAGUUCCAGGACCUACUAAAGAGGCGUUUUUUAACAUGGUUAUGGACCAAAGAUAUCCUGAUCGUAAACGUGGAAGACCCAGCAGAAGUUUUACUGCUUCUGAGAUAGCUGCUGAAGCUGACAAACAAGCCCAAAUGCUCGUUGCUCGGUUCUUUUAUGAACACGGUGUCGACUCCUCAGCUGUGGAUUCGACAAGUUUCAAAGAGAUGAUGAUGAUGAUGACUACAGUAGAAGAAGAUGGUGGUGGUGGUGAGAAGAUCCCUGACCCUCGUGAUUUAAACGGCUGGAUGUUUCAAGAAGCAUUGAAGAAAGUUCAAUAUCGGGUGAAGGAUAUUAAAGAUUCAUGGGAGAUCACCGGGUGCAGCAUCCUCUUGGAUACAUGGAUUGGCCCGAAAGGCCGUGAUCUGGUUUCUUUCGUUGUAGACUGUCCAGCUGGGGCAGUGUAUCUGAAAUCCUCUGAUGUUUCUGAUAUAAAAACCGAUGUCACUGCCUUAACAUCGCUGGUAAAUGGGAUCGUUGAGGAAGUUGGAGUGCGUAACGUGACUCAAAUCAUUGCAUGUUCCACCUCUGGUUGGGUUGGUGAACUAGGCAAGCGACUUGCGGGUCAAGUUUUCUGGUCUGUGAGUCUUUCUCAUUGCCUAAAGCUUAUGCUGGUGGAGAUUGGGAAAAUGUAUUCCUUUGAAGACAUACUUGACAAGGUCAAUAUCAUUCGGGAACUGAUCCAUAGCAAUCCCUCGUUUCUGUAUUUCUUCAAAGAACACAGUUAUAGAGUUGACGUAACUGCAUCCUCCUCAGAGUGCGAGUUUGUUACGCCGUAUCUAACUCUAGAGAACAUUUUCAGGGUGAAGAUGGCAGGGUUGUUUGCUACUCCUGAAUGGAAGAAAGAAGAAGGCAUAGAAAUAUCCACUUUGGUGAAUGAUUACUCAUUUUGGGAAUCUCUCGAAAGAGUUGUGAGAAGUACAUCUACUCUGGUUCAUGUAUUGUUGGGGUUUUCAAGUGUCAUCAAGAAGCAUGUUGGAUAUACCUAUGAACUUAUAGAGAGCAUCAAGAAUAGCGUCGCGUGGAAUUCCAAGAACGAGAAACAGUUUUACCAGCCGGUAUGGGAUGUGAUAGAUGAUGUGUGGCACAAGCACCUUCGCAGUCCUCUUCAUGCUGCUGGUUAUUUUCUGAAUCCGGUGGCUUACUACUCCGAUGAUUUCCGUACUUAUCAAGAUGUAUACACUGGUCUUGCCUUCUCUCUGGUUCAUGUGGUAAAAGAACCUCACCUUCAAGUGAUGAUUGCCACACAGCUUGAUGAGUAUAGACUCGGUAGAAAUUGCUUCAAGAAAGCUAGUCAAGAUGAUCAGAUCAAUGAAGUCUCUCCAGUUGAUUGGUGGACUCAAAAGGCGAGCCAGUAUCCCGAACUGCAGAGUCUCGCUGUUAAGAUUCUGAGCCAGACAUGUGAAGGUGCUUCAAAGUAUAAGCUGAAGAGAAGCUUAGCAGAGAAGCUGUUGCUCACUGAAGGAAUGAGCCACAGUGAACGAAAGCACCUGGAAGAGUUGGCUUUUGUACAUUACAAUCUCCAACUACAAAGCUGCAAAGCCAAAGUAAGUGAAGAGCAGUGAAGGUUUGUGUUGCAGAUGUGACUCCAUUGAUCACAAACUUUAGACAAUCAUUGGAUCAGAGUACUUUUUACCCAAAUAAGAUACAUGUUUGUGUAUUCUUGCAAAGAUUUGCAAAAAUAAAGAACACUCAAGAGAUUGUGUUGCAAAUGAUUUCAGAUUUUAGUCAAGUUUUUUUUUAAUUUAUA